AUAUAAUUUUGAUCCUUUCAAAAUAUUCUCUAUAGAUAAUAUAGAUCACGGGUGUCAUUAUACUUGUAAGGUUAAUUUUCUAAAACCUUAAUUUUUUUUUCAAGUUGAUUUCAAACUUCUAUUCUCAAAUCUUGACAAUUGAAAAUCAAUCUGACCAACCAAAAUCUAUGGGAUUCUUUAUUGUCAAAAAUUUCACACAUUCACAUAGUCAACCUUAAUACAGGUCGGUAUCAAACAAUUUCAAUUGAUUUUUUAAGGUCAAUAAACCAAUUUUUCAAGUCUUUUUUUAAACUUAAAAUUUUAAAUCGUAUGAUCUUGAUUCAACGACUAUACACUACCAAGUGAACGUAUGGAAUAUGCAUUAUAUGCAUAUGGAAUCCCCCAAAUCUCUCUAUGACCACACCAACCAUAUAAUUGUCUGUCUUUAUAAAAGGUACAUGUACUACUUGUCCCCUCUAAGCAUGAAGCCACAAGUGGGAUACAAAUACAAUACAAUAAAAGGGCAUCAAUUUAUUGGUUAAGCAAUUUUCCAAGUAAUUUGCUCAAUGGCCAACAAAAAUUCCCUCCCUCUCUAUGAAAAAAUAUGGGUCAAACACACAUUUUCAAGAGUUAUGGAUUCCAUAACAUUGCUCCUCCUCUUCUUACUUCUUGGUUACCGUAUUUCCUCUAAUAAUAACUACACCUUCCCUUGGUUUGUUGCAUUUCUAUGUGAGUUAUGGUUUACCAUCACUUGGAUUACAACCAUGAGCACCAAAUGGACUCCUGCACAUACCAAAACUUUCCUAGAUCGUCUCUUACUUAGGGUGUCUAAUUCUGAGCUUCCAGCAUUGGACUUGUUUGUGACAACAGCAGAUCCUGUUCUUGAACCAGCAAUAAUAACAGUGAAUACAGUGUUGUCUUUAUUGGCACUUGAUUAUCCAGCUAAUAAGCUAGCUUGCUAUGUUUCUGAUGAUGGUUGUUCACCUCUUACAUUCUAUGCUCUUGUUGAAGCUACCAAAUUUGCUGAAAUUUGGAUACCUUUUUGUAAGAAGUAUAAUGUACAAUGUAGAGCCCCAUUUAGAUACUUUUGUGAUGAAUCCAUGGCACAUAAUGACUUGCCAGAAUUCAAACAAGAAUGGUUAACAAUGAAGGAAGAAUAUGAAAAACUUAGUGGUAAAAUUCAAAAUGCAUCCCAGAAGUCAAUUCCAUGUCAGCUUAUGGGAGAAUUUGCUGUCUUCUCACAAACACAGGCCAGAAAUCAUCCAACUAUAAUUAAGGUAAUUAGAGAAAACAAGGGUGUUUCUGAUGUGAUGCCUCACUUAAUCUACAUAUCUAGAGAGAAGAGGCCAAAACAACCACAUCAUCACAAAGCUGGUGCAAUGAAUGUCUUGACAAGAAUCUCUGGAUUGAUGACAAAUGCUCCAUUUAUGCUAAACUUAGAUUGUGACAUGUAUGUGAACAAUUCUAAGAUUGUACUACAUGCCCUUUGCAUUUUGUUGGAUUCAAAGGGAGAAAAAGAAGUUGCAUUUGCUCAAUGUCCACAAAGAUUCUAUGAUGCUGUCAAAGAUGAUGCCUAUGGAAAUCAGCUUGUGGCUUUGCCUAUGUAUAUAGGAAGUGGAUUUGCUGGACUUCAAGGGAUUAUAUAUGCUGGAACAAAUUGUUUUCAUAGAAGAAAAGUCAUGUAUGGUCUUUCUCCUAAUGACAUUCAAAAUGCAAAGAAGGAUCAUGGUUUCACCAACGGAACAUUAUUAUCAGAUAAAGAAACAAUACAAAAAUUUGGAACCUCAAAGGGAUUUGUUGACUCAGCUACUCAUAUUUUGAAAGGGACUACAUUUGACCAUUACAAAUCUCUUGAUCUUGAAGCAGCAAGUGAAGUUGCUAGCUGUAAUUAUGAAUACAACACUGCUUGGGGUAAAGAGGUGGGAUGGUUAUAUGGAUCAACAUCAGAGGAUGUACUAACUGGGCUCAAAUUCCACACAAAAGGAUGGAGAUCUGAGCUUUGUUCACCAGACCCAAUAGCCUUUAUGGGCUGUUCACCACAAGAUAAUUUGGGCCAAAUGGCCCAACAUAAGAGAUGGUCAUCAGGGUUGUUUGAUAUCUUCCUUAGCAAGCAUUGUCCAAUUUUUGGUACCAUUUUUGGUAAACUUCAAUUAAGAGAGUGCUUAGCAUAUAUUUGGAUCACUAAUUGGGCUCUAAGAUCUAUCCCUGAAAUAUGUUAUGCCCUUCUACCUGCUUAUUGCAUCAUUACCAACUCCAGUUUCUUGCCUAACAAGGAACUCAGCAUGUGGAUCCCCACAACUCUAUUUGUGAUCUACAACGUAUCUAAUAUAAUAGAGCACAUAAAAUCAGGAUUAUCAAUCAGAACAUGGUGGAACAACCAAAGGAUGGGAAGAAUAACAACCAUGACUUCUUGUUUUUUGGCAUUCAUAACUAUCAUACUUAAGAAAUUGAGAAUAUCUGGCACCAAUUUUGAAAUAACAAAGAAAGAACAAGUACAUUCAAAUGAAGGUACCAAUGAAAAUGUUGGUAGAUUCAGUUUUAAUGAGUCACUUAUUUUUCUACCAGGCACAACAAUUUUGUUUAUUCAACUCAUAGCACUUUUUAUGAGUGGUAAUGGUAAUGGCUAUGGCUAUGGAGUAGGGGAGGUUUUUUGUAGUGCAUAUGUGGUUUUAUGUUACUUGCCAUUUUUUAAAGGGCUUUUUGGGAAAGGAAAAUAUGGGAUACCUUUGUCCACAAUAUGGAAGUCAAUGGUGCUAGCUUUCACAUUUGUUUACUUAUGUAGUAGACCAAUAUUGCUAAGUGAAUGAUCAUAGGAUUUCUUUUCUUUUGUUGCAUUAUUAUGUUUUUUCAUUGUAAAAGUAAUUAGUUCUUCAAUCUUGAAAGGCAUCAAGUUCAAGUAUAUGGAAGAUCUUUGACAAAAGGGAGAGAUUUCUUGCCUCAAAAUAUAGAUUGUGUCUCAAUUGUGAUGUAAUUAUACUAUAUAAUCAUUUCAAACUUUGACUUGAGUAACAUUUA